UUUGGUGUAUUUUUUCCUCUUCUCCGUCCAAACUCCGAUCAUAUGUUGCUUAAUUAUAUCGAUAAUUAGGCAGCAGACACACUUUUAAGUUAGCUUAAACCUAAUACCAGUGUCUUAACAACGGUAUUAGUAUUACUUUUAAAAACGCGUCCUUACGCGUUAUUUAUGAUGUUAUUUUUGCCACAAAGCUGUUGAACUCUUGACAUUUUCAAGGGGAAAUCACGUCUUCCUUGCCAGAUAAUGUCAGUGGGAUCUGCGGAGGAGGUGCUGCAGUUGAAUGCAGUUUCAGAGCUCAUGGAUCUGCUUCUCAUAGACGUGGAGAUUGAUGCAGAGGAUGGGAGAUCCAAGAGAGACGACUCACUGUGUUCAAGGAAUGUACUGAGGAAGCAGCGACGCUGGGAGAAGCAGCUGGCUGCAAAGAAGAGCAAGAGGAGGGAAGAGAAGCAGAGAAGGAAGCUCAGUCGUGAGCAGGAGUCUGGUACAAGUGCAGAGCAUCCUCAGUUUACCAAGCGGGUAUUGAAGGCAAUCACCAAGGAACGUUUGGCUGAGGCUCAGUCCACAGGGCGCAAACUCUGCAUUGACCUCAGCAUGACGGCUUGCAUGUCUGACAAGGAGAUAAGCCGACUGGCUGGCCAGUUAAGACGACUGUACGGGUCUAAUAAGAAGGCGACUCGGCCGUUUCACCUGUUCCUUACAGACCUGAGGGAGGACAGUCGCCUCUACAGGGAGUGUUUACGCAUGAACGACGGCUUCCUCAACUACAUGAUGGAAAUAACAGAGAAAAGCUGUUUAGACCUUUUCCUGCCAGAAACUGUUGUCUACCUCACACCAGAUGCUGAAGAAGCUUUGGAGUCGGUAGAUGAUGACACGGUGUACGUCCUCGGUGGUCUUGUUGAUGAAAGCAUCCAGAAGAAGUUGAGUCUCUUGAGAGCCAGAGAUCUGAGCGUCCGCACCCUGAGGCUUCCCAUUGAUGAAUACAUGGUGAAGAAAAGCAACGUGAAGAACUUUCACUCAAAGAUCUUAGCAAUUAAUCAAGUGUUUGACAUAUUGUUGAUGUUCUGCGAGACCGGCAGCUGGACGCGAGCACUGCAGGCGUGGUUCCCUCUGUCGAAGGGCUUCGUAAUCCCAGCCGAUUCGCCAGCGCUCCUCCCCUCCACACAGACACACAGCGAGGAUUCGCAACAGAACUAAUUUAUAUUGUUUUGAAGAGGUUUAUGUGGAAGGUCCUUCAGGGAAGUGGUUCUUGACGUUGUCUGUUGGGAGUUGUCUUACGUCCCAAAAUGCCGGUUUCAAGAGAAAUUACUCGCUGACACUUUUUAGCACAUGUCGAACUAAGUUUUCAGACAGUUUAAGACAUUUUGUUUCGCUCACAAUUGAUCCAAACAUGACAGUCAAUAGAUGGUAUUCUUUCUGUUAUUGGUCUUUACACCCUCUUUCAAACUGGCUGAGCAACAAUUCCACAGACAUGUGACACAUUAAAACAACUUGCAGACAGAUAUCCUCUUGGAGAGGAUCCAUUGUUUUUACUCCCCUUUCCGGGAAAUUAGCUUUUCUUUUGUUGUCAGAAAAGUUCAAGGUCAGCAUAGUUGGCUGGUGAACAUCGCAACGAACGUCCGUCCAGAAAUGCUCUGGAAGUUUGACGCCCUGGAUGUAGUUUAAUUUUUCUGAAGCAACUAAUUCAGGCUUCAGGUUUUUGUUUUCUUGAAAUGUCAGCUGUCAUGCCAGCCAGAAACCAUAAACACUCAGGAUAGUUUUUAUAUUUUUCUACAUACAUGUGAGUCUUUUUGACAGGUGAAACAGCUUUGGUCGCAGAAGAACAUGUCUAAAGGAGGUUACUGACUUGGCCGAGUUUAAUGAUAGGGAUGUUUUUGUUGCACCUUAUUCAUGUUUUUUUUAAUGUUUUACAAUGAGGAAUUGCACAAGUUCCAAUAAUUAUAUGUACUGACUACAAAUGAUAAUAAUGAUGAAAAAAAAAUCUGAAUAUAUUGGACAUUAAAAAAAAAAUGUUU